GAGUCACGCGCUCAGUCAGGGCCCGCCUGACGCAGGGAGGGGGCGGUUCAACUCCGGCCCCUGCUAAAUAACAUAGUUACCGGUCUGGAAAUAGAGCACGGUCAGUUAUGAGCAGGGUCCUUGAUGACCACAAACCCCACACAGCCACAGGCAACGUUGCCAAAAAGUCAGACAUCGACAAGUACAAAUGCUCCGUAUCUCAAGCUACCAGAAAGCACUACCAUUCCACCUUAUGUGACUCAGUGUCCCAGCAAUGGGCUUUGCAGCAGGUUGCCUCCAGACUGUAUGAAUUGUACAACCAACUACUCUUGUAUAUAUGGAAAGCCAGCUACUUUUGAUUGCAAAGUCAAACCAUACGUUCACUGUGUAGAUCAGAAUAACAACAAACAGGAGAACUUUACAAUCAACAUGACUUGCCAGUUCUGCUGGCAGAUUCCUCCAACUGAUUAUGUAUGCACCAAUUCAACAAACUGCAUGACUGUUUCUUGCCCACGACAGAGAUAUAAUGCCACUUGUACAGUACGUGAUCAUAUUCAUUGUCUAGGUAAUCGUGUCUUUCCCAAGAUGCUGUAUUGCAACUGGACUGGAGGUUAUAAGUGGUCUACAGCCUUGGCACUAAGCAUCACCCUUGGUGGAUUUGGAGCAGAUCGUUUCUACUUGGGACAGUGGCGGGAAGGUUUGGGAAAACUCUUCAGCUUUGGUGGCCUUGGAAUAUGGACACUAAUAGAUGUGCUGCUAAUUGGAGUUGGAUAUGUGGGACCAGCAGAUGGCUCUCUCUAUAUUUAACCACAGUCUGCUUCAAUAUAGACAUUUGGGAAGGGCCUAUAUAAAGAAUGUAAAACAAUCCUGGACCUUCUAGAAGAACUAACAAAACUUGUUCUGUGUGUACAUAUAUUUUAAUGUACAGUAUCUGUACGUAGAUUGCCUUUUAACUAAGGUAAAAUGAAUGAGUGGAUCACUGAACAAAGUAUAUUUGAAAUGGAUUUCCUUGUGAAUGCUUCUUCUGUGAAGGCAGUAAGUUUCACAGCUAAAUAAAUUCUGCACUGUUCUUGAACUUGAUUAGAUAUUAAGUAUUGAAGACAUGUAAACUAAUCCAAAUAAUAAGUUGUGCAUUGUUCACCUCACAUUUGUACAUUGUCUGAUUUGUCAAGCAACUUUUCCUAAAUGUCUGCAAGAACAUUUUCAUAUUUAUAGCAAGAUAAGUUUCUUGGCUAAGCCUAAAUGACUUGGACAAAGGCAAACCACUAUAUAUUAUAUUCUUAGUUGCAUACAGUUUUUCUGCUUUACGUUUUAGGAUAACACAAAUUAAUCAUUUUGUUUGUAGAUCUUGUAGCUGUUUAGAAUUAGGGUGCAAUAAUUCCAAAAAUCCUAAGCCUGAAAAUACUUGAAAACUACAUUGUAGACCUCUUUCCAGCAUGUGGCCCUCCCCACCCCCCACAACAAGAGCUGCCUGGGACUUAAGAGUCCUAGAAACAGGUAAGAUGCCACCCUUGCCGUCCCCGCAGGGCAGGCACCUCCCCUCUCCAGCAGGGUUUGCCUCUGGGCACAGGAAGUGGGGUGCAGCUGUGCUCCUGUAACCCCCACCCCCACUCUGGCCCUGGAUCGAUGGCUGUAUAUUGCAUAUUUUUGUGCUUGGUAGCUUAGAGAUGGCAAAGUCAGUAAAACCAGCUGUCUUUUUUUAAAUGAACGGAAGAUAGGAUGGUGAUGAUGUACUUUCUUAUUAAACUAUGGUACAAUGUAAUAAAAUCUCACUGACCUGGA